GGGGCAGGGGCUGGGAAAGGUCCAGAUCUGUCAGAGGAAGGAAUGGAAGUAGGACUAGGGUUAGGGCUGGGUCAGGGGCUGGAAGGUGUAAAGGAGAAGCAAGAGCUGCUGUUUUUAGAUGCACACCCGCGGGUCCUUUUCUCUUCCUCUCCUCCAGAGCACCCGCCCCUCCUCCUCAUGCUGGAGUCAGGCAUGUUGCCCAUAGAAGGAGAGGACAAGGAGGAGGAGGAGGAUGUGUCGGACGCAGACGGACACAUGGAGGGUCAUGGGGACCGAGAGACGGACGGGAGUGUGCCGCUGAGCUGGGUGGACACUCUCAGGGGGGCCAGGGAGCCCCCUCACCCCGCCCCCAGGCACAAGCGCUCGCACUUGCCCCACACCGGGCGGGGUGAGAUGCCGGUGUGUGAGUCGGAGAGUGUGUGGGUAACGGACAAGACGACAGUAUUUGACGAUAGGGGUAAAACAGUCAACAUCGUGCCAGAGAUCAAGACAGUCAAGGGGGCGCUGAAGCAGUACUUCUAUGAGACUCGCUGCCGCCAGGAGGGGCAGCAGAGGGGCGGUGGGCCGCAGCGGGAGGCAGGGGGGGCAGGAGCCUCGGCAGCAGGAACAGGGACAGGACCCGUAGGUGUGUCCGGGGCCAGCUGCCGGGGCGUGGACAUCAGACAGUGGGUGAGUCAGUGUAAGGCCAAGGACACAUAUGUCCGAGCCCUCACUGUUGACAACAACGGUCUGCAGGGCUGGAGGUGGGUCCGCAUCAACUCGUCCUGCGUGUGUGUCCUACUGUCCAGAGUAACCAGGAAAAACAGAGGAAGGGAGUGAGGGCAGGAGAUGGAGGAAAGGUAGAGAGGAUCAUGUGGAAGAAAUGUUAACACAGAUAAUGCUUGGGACAUUAGAUGUAAUGUCAAUUAGACAGUAGGUGUUACUUUAUAGGCCAGGGUGCCUCUUAUCCAGAGCGACUUACAUUAGUGCAUUCUUCUUAUGAUAGCUGCACUCUUACAAAAAAAAGGGUUCCAAACGGGUUCUUUGGCUGUCCCCAUAGGAGAACCCUUUUUGGUUCUAGGU